AUAAGAUAAGAGCGGGAAGCGGGCACCGGGGGAGGGGCGAUCACCCUUCUCCGCAUUCACCUUUCUUUCACUUUCUAUAUGAGUCUUCAUAGUGUAACGGCGACCGGGAGGGAACCAGGACAAUAUACGUGAAGAGAGAGUUGUCUGCAGAUCGAGGUGACUAUGAAGCUGGUCGGAAUCUUCUCUAGAGAGGAUGAAUCUUGUUAUCGAUGGUUGGUCAAUAGGGUUGUGUCAUGGAAGAACGUGAGGGACGUCCGCUCUGUGUCCAUCACAAACAACAAUGAAAAAUUCCGGGAAGAGACUUCAAAGUGUCAGUUUGGCAUUCUCUACCACUCGAAGAAGAGAGGAAGGAUCAAUGUCAUCGACGUCAUCGACUCCCUGUACGAUUAUGAGCUGCAGCAUCUCAACACGAUAUACGGAAAGAAGAACGUCCUUGUGGUGAUCGACGAUCUGGAUAACAGCAGCGAUGAGGAGAAAUAUAGAAUCCUCAGCCAUCAGCCGAGCAUACAACUUCUGGCCCAGGAUCUGUUCCUCUUCAGCGUCGCAGAUAAAGCCGCACUUAAUACAUUGGGAUAUCAGGUGGCGGACGACCCCCAGAGAGCGCUGGACGAGAUGAGAAAGAUAAUAGAAGGUGAUAAGAAUUGGAGUUUCCCUGUAAGUAUCACCCCAAAGACGUCACACCCGCCACACAGUAACGCUGACACAGAGAAUCCCAGACGUGGAGACCUGAGAUCUUCAUCCGGGAGGUGCAGGUGGUCUACUCGCCCCUGCAUGGUUCUCAUCAUUGCUGUUAUAGUCAUUGUUGUCAUCGUUCUGAUCUCGGUUCUUCUUACCACAUGACACCGAUCCCAUCAGUCACAUGACCAGCGCAGGUUCAUCCGGAUGGAUCACUCCCAUUGUCCACCACUAGUCACUUUAUCUAUAAUUAUCUGAUGUAAGCCCCGCCUACUCUGAGUGAUGUCAUCAGCUGCUGACAGGUUGUCCGGCCCCAGCGGACCAUCUACUCAUUUCCAGAUUUCUCCUUUUCAUUUUUUUUUUGUCCCAAAACUUCCUGUUGUGUUUUGUGAUAUUCUGUGAUUUUCACCUCCUUUAUUCUCCCACAAUGCUCUAUAAAUGUUCACAAAUAAACGUGUGUU